AUGGACCCAUUCUCCAAGCAGCGCAUUGCCACGUCCGACUUGGGGAAGUCGCAUGACGAUGUGACUGAAGCCAAGUGGGUUGCCUGGUUCAUGGAAGCCCGCGACGAAGAUCCGGUGGAGUUGGACGCGCUCAUAAGGCGUCUGCAAAUAGCCGUGCAGUUCGACACGAGGAUCCUCGGCGCCGACAGUCGAGUGAGCCGAGUGCUGGACAGCCUGAUUCUCGCUCUAGAGGCAGAUGACCAAGAGUUGGUGUUGCAAUAA